GUCCACACGAACAACGCUGGCAGCUUGCAGCGACUGCGAGCGCUGCUUUCGAAGCGGCUGCUCUACUGGUACCGCUCGCCAAUGACCAUCGUGAUUGGCUGGAUCCUUCCGGUGAUGCUUUUCGUCUUCGCCGCGAGGUCCAUCUUUCAAAACCAGACCCGCCUCAUUCCAAAGCUGUCUGGCGCCAAGGCGGACGCGCACGAGAUGAUCGACCUGCGCAGCAACGUCCACUUUGGCUCCGCCCGCUGCUUCGUGGAAGAGGCGCCCGCGACCAACUUCUCCAAAUACUUCGAGGCAUUGGCCCAAAGCGAGGGCGCCAUCAUCGAAAAGAUAAAGAACGCCAAGCGGGACCUAGUGGAAUUGGCACGAAAAGACUUUGUGGAGUACUACAGUCACUACGCCUACGGGAUCACCUACAACGCCACCACUAUCGAGGGCUGGUACAACCCGGCGAGUCCCGUCUCCGCAAACGUGCUCUGGAACCUGAUUACCACGGCGCUACUGCGCGCUCAAUUGCGCUCUCCCAAGGCCCGUGUCACCACUAGUGCGUCCUUUUACAGCACGGACGAUCCGGAGCAGGGUUCCACCGACGUUUCAGAAGCGAUGGAAGCAGCUGCACUUUUCUGGAACUUCGCGCCGCAAGCCAUCCUAGGUCUGACCGUGUCGACGAUGGCCAUCUUCCCCGUCGUUGAGAAGAGAAGCGGCGCGCUCGAGCUCCAGCUCAUGACGGGCGUCUCGGGCUCGCUGUACACGGCCGCGCACUUCGUGUUCGACUUUCUCGUGCAGUACCUGCCGCCGUUCGGUGCCUCUUUCACCGUGUACUUAUUCGGCUUCGAGAAAGAGCUACAUUUCACCGGUGUCGCAUUCGCCGAGGCUGUGACCGCGGAGCAAAUGGAUCGAUGCAGCGGAAGCGUUUUCUCGCUGUCCGAGAACAGCCCGAUGAUGGAGAUGCUGAUCAUGGCGUGCGAGGGCCUCGUGAUCUUCGUCCUCCUAAGCUUCCUGCACUCUGGAUACUACUUGGAUAUGCGCUCCACCUUUUGCCCAGAACGACGCUUCGCACACGGCCCGUUGGAGGAGAUCCCGGACGAAGACGUGAAGGCGGAGAAGGAGCUCGCCGAGCGGCUGGCGGCGAACGGCGCGUCCGCCGAGCUGGAGCAGGGCUGCAUACUCGUGGCGCACGACCUGCGCAAGUCGUUCGGUUGCUUCCAGGCCGUCAAGGGCAUCAGUCUGGCUCUUCGACGCGGCGAGUGCUUCGGGCUGCUCGGCGUGAACGGCGCGGGAAAGAGCACGACUUUCCAGAUGCUCGCGGGUCUCCUCGAGCUCAGCUCGGGCGAAGCCUACAUGUCCGACGUCAAGCUCUCGGCUUCGCGCAGGCGGUGGCAGUCCUUCAUCGGCUACUGCCCUCAGACCAACAGCCUGCUGGAGAAGCUGAACGCGUUCGAACACCUACGCCUCUUCGCUCGUCUCCGGGGCAUCCCCGAACCCCAGAUAGAAGCAGCGGUACAGGCGGCAAUCACGCUCGUCGACCUGGAGAAGCAUGCACCAAAGUGGUGCGGGACUUACAGUGGCGGCAACAAGCGGAAGUUGUCGAUCGCUGUGGCCAUCUUGGGAAAUCCCAGGGUGAUCUUCCUGGACGAACCCUUCGCUGGCAUAGACGUCGUGUCCCGGACCAAGAUCACCGGCAGACUUGCAGCGUUGCGCACGGAGGGUAAUCAAGCCGUGGUGUUCACGUCUCACGGCAUGGAAGAGUGCGAGACGGCGUGUGACCGAAUGUGCAUCAUGGUGGCAGGCCAGAUGACCUGCCUUGGCACCCUGCCGCACCUGCGGGAUAAAUUCGGCACCGGCUACACAAUGCAGCUGGUGCUGGCGCGCACUGAGCCGCCUGCAAAAGAAGUAAACACGGCGGGUCAGCCCAUGGAGGGCAAGACCAGCAAGGCGCUCGACCAGGACGUGACCAAUCUCUUCCCUGGAGUGCGUGUCCUCGGAGACCACGAUAACGUUCACGCCUACCACAUCAAAGAGAAGCUUCCUUGGAGCGCCGUAUUCGAGAAGGUGGAAGAGCUCGAGGAGUCUCACGCUUUCUCCCACGUCAUGGUCCAAGACACCAACUUGGAGCAGAUAUUCAUUGCAUUCGCGGAAAAGAAGGGUGCCGCAAGCAGAAGUUGAGCCACUUUGGUAUUUUGGGACUUCAUUUAUUUUUAAUUAUCUGUGAAAGCAAACGAACUUUACGAAUUCUCCAUAUACGCUGGCCGCUCCUUAACGUGCAUUAUGUAACCUUCGUGUCUCUUUAUUUCGUGUGACUUUCAAUUAUUUGGUGCCAGCUCUCUACGCACAUUCACCUUCAUCGCGUAGUAAAUUCCUGCUGUCAAGAAUGCAUGCCGCCAACUGGCGGCAUAUUCUUUAUUUCUUUAUUUAGCGCUUUUGUGCUUUUGUGUUCUGAUGCAGAAAUGCUGGCUUCACUUUGCGCAGCUUCUAUACAUACACAAAGCCUUCAACAGAAUAAAGGGUAAUGCUAUA